AUGAUCCCCAAAUCCUACUGCAACUGUUGCGAAAUCCAUUGCGUUCCACCCUUCAGCUACCAACUGCUGCAGGACUGUACCUGGGCCGUAGGCCCACCACGAAUUCCCAUCUACCGGCGUCAAACGCCGUGCCGUUCCCUGUUUCGGAAGUUCUUCCUGCGUGGCGACGUUCCCAUCUCCCGCUACCACGGCCCGCAAGCGUCCCGUCAGUUCAUCAAGUGGCACGUCCCACCCGAGAAACUGGACUUCCAACGCUACCUACCGCUGUUCUUCGAUGGGUUAUGUGAAACCGCCUUCCCCUACCGGGAGUUUGCCCGCAACGGGAUCCGAGAUAUGAUUGCCGUGGCUAAGGAAAAGCAGCUCCUGUGCUGUCUGCCGAUGCUGAUCCUGCCGGCCAAACGGGCCCUGAAUACGAAAGAUCCGGACGUUAUAAUUGCCACUCUGAGAGCCCUCCAGCAGCUGGUGCAGGCCGGACCCUGCAUCGGUCCGGCCCUGGUCCCAUACUACCGGCAGCUUCUACCCAUCCCGAACCUGUUCGGCGCCUUCAACGUCAACAUCGGUGACCGGAUUGACUUCCAGGGAGGCAACCGCCUCGGCGAUGUCAUUGACGAAACACUGGCUCUACUGGAGCGAACCGGCGGCCGGGAUGCCUAUCUCAACAUCAAGUACAUGGUUCCAACGUACGAAAGUCGUGUGCUGAAUAGGUAAUCCGUCGUCCAUCGGUUGGUGUGAAUUUUGAUGGGGUUCGUUUUUUUUUUCCGUCGAAUAAAAGUGU